AUGACGAUGAGCUACAGGGGGCUUGGUAUUUUGGAUCAACGUAAACCAAGGCUUACAAACGAGUUGAGGCAUCUCAUUUUACAUGAAAUGUUGUCACUUAAAGUAAGUGACUCACUCCCACAUGGUACAUUCGUACGAAUAGCAAACAAAUACGGUUACACACCAAGAUCAAUUCGAAACUUAUGGAAACGUGCAAUUGAAACCAAAGAAGAAAACAAGUCUUAUGUUGUCGAUUCAAAGUACAAGAAUUGUGGAAGAAAAAGAGUUCAAGUGCCACCAAACGUACUUGAAUCAAAACCAAUGGGUGAACGUACAUGCAUAAGAGAUGUUGCAACAUGUUUAGACUUGGCACCAACAAUGGUUUGGCGAUUGAUACGAAGGGGGGAGAUUAAGGCACAUUCAAAUCCAUUACACCCUUCUUUAACGGAUGCAAACAAGGCAAGAAGGGUUGAGUGGAUUUUAAGUCUCAUUCAAGAAGAUACAAUUCAUCAUCAUCCAAUGUAUAAAGGUAUGUAUGACUUCAUACAUAUUGAUGAAAAAUGGUUUUACUUAACCAACAAGACACAAAGAGUUUAUCUAGCACACAAAGAAAAAAUUCCAUAUAGGGCGGGAAAGUCAUCAAAAUUCAUUCCAAAAGCCAUGUUUUUAGGGGCGGUUGCAAGGCCUAGAUGGAAUCAAUAUGGCCAAUGCGCAUUUGAUGGGAAAAUCGAAAUUUCCCUUUCGUAA